UUAGCUCUGGAGACAAAGGAACAAAAAGUAGGCUCUUCAAGAUAUUACUUUAUAAUAGAAAAUGAACUUAAAUAUCUCAGAGGUUCCAUUGUAGCUCUGAAGAGAGAUAUGGACAGGUUACGAUGGGAGAUAAGGAUUAUUGAUAAUCAAUUUUCAAAUAUAUUCAAAGAAGAUACAUAUAAAUCUGUAAAUACAUUUCAUAAUAUUAGCUCAGAGGAUGUGGAGCAUCGAAGCUUUGCAUCUUCUGAAACUGAAUUAUCUGAUGAUAUGGAAAUUCUCACUUGCACCUCAAAAAAGAAACAUGUAUCUAAAGACCUUGAUCCA